CUUUUACUGUGGAUUUUGAUCAUUUUCCCAUCCCCAAAAUCUUCUCUUUUUCUCUCUUAAAAUGCUGAGCAAACCAAAACCAAGAAAUUGAAACCCCAUAGAUGUGAUCUCUUGUAUGUGAUGAAGAGAGAAAUUCAACACAUUUUUCUACCCUCUACUUUCUUGAUACUGAUCCUUUGCCUUGGCUCCACUGCCCAAAACCCUAAUGCAGGCCUGAGAGAGUUAAAACUUUCUCAUAUUAAUCAGAGGCAGCUCUUGUUCUACACUGACCAAGAUGGGUCAAGAGGGGAGCUUGUGGCAGUCCCAUCCUCCCUUGUUUUUCACAACCCAAGACUCAGGAGUGCCUACGUUGCCCUCCAGGCAUGGAAACAAGCCAUGCUCUCAGACCCUCUGGGCCAAACAUCCAACUGGGUUGGAUCCAAUGUCUGCAGCUACACUGGAGUCUUCUGCUCCCGAGCCCUAGACGACCCGUCAGUCGAAACUGUGGCCGGCAUUGAUCUGAACCACGGCGGCAUUGCAGGGUACCUCCCUGAAGAGCUGGGUCUGCUCUCAGAUAUUGCAUUGUUCCACAUCAACUCCAAUCGGUUUUGCGGCAGUGUCCCGAAGAGUUUCAGCAAACUGAAGCUGCUUUUUGAGCUUGAUCUGAGCAACAACCGCUUUGCUGGGAAGUUCCCUCUUGUUGUUCUUCGACUGCCAAAGCUAAAAUUCCUGGACCUGCGAUUCAAUGAGUUUGAAGGUAAGGUCCCCAAGGAACUGUUUGAUAAAGAUCUAGAUGCAAUCUUCAUCAACCACAACAGGUUCUCCUUCGAAUUGCCGGAUAAUUUGGGGAACUCGCCAGUCUCAGUUAUUGUUCUUGCAAACAACAACUUCCAUGGGUGUGUGCCAGCCAGCCUUGGUAACAUGUCCAAGAAUUUGAACGAAGUGGUGCUCACAAACAACGGCUUCCACUCGUGCUUGCCAAAGGAAAUAGGGAUGCUGAAGGAUGUGACUGUUUUUGAUGUGAGCUAUAAUCGGAUUGUCGGUGAGUUGCCAGAGGCAGUGGGUGAAAUGGUGAGCUUGGAGACGCUCAAUGUGGCUCAUAACAUGCUAAGAGGGAACAUACCUGAGAGCGUUUGUGAGCUUCAGAACCUGAGGAACUUUAGCUUUGAGCACAACUUCUUCACUAGUGAGCCACCAAUGUGUUUGAAAUUGGAGAAGUUUGAUGACAGCAAGAAUUGCUUGCGGCGUAGGCCAAAGCAGAGAACCAUGUUGCACUGUAAAUUGGCCUUGUCUAAGGGUGUUCGUUGUAGUUCUUUUGGAUGCCGUCCUUCUGUUCCUCCCUCCCCACCAUUACCACCUCCACCACCACCAUCUCCAUCACCACCACCUCCAUCACCAUCACCACCACCUCCAUCGCCAUCACCUCCUCCUCCUCCUCCUCCUCCUCCACCACCACCACCGCCACCAUCCCCACAGCCUUGCCUUCCCUCCCCACCACCUCCUUCACCACAUUCCCCACCACCACCUCGACCCUCUGAUCCUCCACCAUCUCCUCAUCGCAAGUCACCACCACCUCCCCUACAUUCUCCCCCACCUCCACCCUCUAAUUCUCAUCCAUCGCCGCCUCCACCACCCAUUUAUUCUCCACCACCCGCUUCACCUUCUCCACCUCCAUCUCCGCCACCAUGUAUGAGACCUUCUCCACCUCCACCUUCACCGCCAGCUCCAGUGUAUGAUGGCCCGUUGCCACCAACUAUCGGUGUCUCCUAUGCCUCACCACCACCACCACUGUUUUAUUAGUGAUUCCUUCCAUUUCUUCUCCACCUUCCCAGACAGCUUAGAGACUGAUACACUAGAGUGACUAAAGUCCCAUGACUUGGAAACGAAUUUCCACAUUAAAAAUAAUUGCCACGAAUUCAUGAUCUCUACCACUGCAACCAGAGACGCAGGCAAUACAGAACAAGGUCAUCAAAUCAUGUUACAAGGUGAAGGUGAACACAAGAGGAACGAGACAGUGCAUAGUGAAGGUUUUUUCUUAAUUUUUUUUUUCAACCAAAAAAAAAAAUCUCUAUUUAUUUACAUUGUUAUGGACUUGUCUUUAAAAGUAGAUAAUAAGUUGGAAGAUAAAGUACUAGGCUACUUGGAAUGUAAUUACAAAGCUCUCUAGAUUCUUACAUUUCUGUUAUAUUAAGAGCUUUCCCUUUGCUUAUUUUCA